GUAUAAAUAUUAUGAAGUGUUGUAUAUAAAAUAAUGAUACAUAUGGAGUGUAUAUACACAACGCUUUGCUUUUUUGUUAUAAAAAGUGUUAUCUAUUACUUUAGGUAACACAACCAAUAGGUGACACUACUAAAAGUUUUGCAUAUCACAUGCAUAUACACCACUUUUGACACUUUUUACAACACAUUUCACGUGUUGGCAAAUGUCACUUUUCCCGUAGUGCUACCUUGCUUCUUGGCUUUUCCUUCUCUUAUUCUCAUUUCGUUAGCUUCUAUCUCUAACUUCUCUCUCUAAAAAAAUCAGAUAUUUUUAAGUGAUUUCAGAUCUCAAAUGAAGGGGGGGAGUCGCCUAUUUAUAGAGAUUAGACUGUUGGGCAAGUUCACGGUUGAGUAGGCAAAGAUCGCGGCUGUGAUCUUCGAUGGAGAGGUCGCAAUCUGGAGGGUCAACGAUUUAUGCCUUCAUGGGUGUUGCAUUCGCGGCUUGAUAUCUCAGUCACGAUCUGGUACGAGAUGUCACGACCUUUAACUUUAUCGCGGGUAAGAUAAUUGGAGUUGCGAGUGGACUAUCGAAAGUCCUUGAUCCUCUUUUGGUGGCUACUCCUGAAGUUCGCGCACUGGGCUAAAGACUUUGUGGCCGCGAUGGAGGUUGCGAUCUUCGUGCUCUGGUUCACGCCCUCUCUUCAUUGCCUUGAUCCGAUUGCUCCCGAUCGUGAUCUCGUGAUUUUGCACCUAAUGCUACACUUGUGACCCCUUUUCGUACCUAAAACGUUCAUAUCAUUUAAAUCAUCCUAAUAUAAUAAUAUUCUCUUCGAAGAACAAAAUGGAUGUAUUUGAUGAUAUAUUGACCAAUAAGACAACGAAAUGACUAAAAAAACCUUAAAUAUGAAGGAUUAAUAACAUCAUUUUUGGUGUUAUCAGUAGCAUGUGUUGAUCCACGAUGUUCUAUCACUAAUUAUUGUAUUUUUCCUUGGUGAUUCAUUGAUUUCCUGGAAAAGCAAGAAAUAAAAGAUAGUUUCUCGAUUUUCCUGUGAAGCUAAAUAUCAUGCCCUAGCGUAAGCCAAUUGUGAGGUUCAAUAGUUGCUUUACUUGCUUCGUGAUUUUCAGGUUGAUCAUCCCAAGCCAGAAACUUUGUAUUGUGACAGCCAAAGUGUCAUCUACAUUGCUUAGAAUCACCACGAGCGCACCCUUCAAUCGUCUCUUCUCCAAGUUUGGUGUGCAUAAUCUAUGCCCACCACCUUACGGCGGCGGGGAGGGGUGGGGGGGGGGGGUAACAGACAAUGAACAUUGAUAUUUCAUUUCAAUUCCAAUGGUAACUUGGCUCGGGUAGACGAAGACUUCUCCAGCGUCAUUUUAGGGACAGAGCUAGCUUGUUAGCCCCCCUAAACUUUUUAAAUUGCACAACAUAUGAAAUUAAAACACAAAUAACAUUGGCAUCGUAGAGGUUAAGCAGGCGUUAUCCUCAUCUCUUUUCUAAAAUUUCUUGUUUCAACUUAUAAUUAGUUUUUCUGAAACCACUUGUUGGGGGUUGAUUACCUUCUCUUUGCUAGUUAAUUUCGUAUUUGUUUUCUUCAACUUAUGGCGAGCUUCUUUGAAAUAACUUCAACUUAUAAUUAGGUUCUUUGAAAUCACUUUUUCAGGGUUGAUUACCCUUUCCGUGUAAGUUAAUUUCUUUGAAAAUUUAUCAUGUUUUCAUUUAUAAAUAGUCAUGACUACUAUAUUUUACGACUAGAUUUAUUUUAAAUUUUGAAAUUAUGAGGAAUUUUGUUUUGAAUUAUCAAAUUGAUAAGUAUAUAUGAAAAAAAAAAAAAUUGGCCCCUCCUAAUCAAGAAUCCUGGCUCCAUCCCUGACUCAUACGAUGCCGUUUUGCCACUUCAUUUCGCUUUCUUUUCUUUUUUCUGUUCAAGAUUGUACUUUGUUUUCUCACAAAUUUAGCUCCCAAACAAAACUGUAAGGAGUUGGUUUUGUCUUGUUACUUUGAUCCGCAGCUUAUAAAGCGCAGAAGAUGAAUGAGAAAGAAAUAGGAUUUAGGGUUUUACCAAACCAAAGCUGUUGCUACACCCAUCUUGAAGAUACUUGAGACUGGGAUGAAGAAGGUUUCUUCUCUCAUCACUUCUCUUCGUCAAACUUGUGCAUGUGACGACCUACGUAUACCCUCGCCAUAAUACUAAUUACCUCUUUGCUAAAAGCAACUUAAUCGCGUGAAAGUAGCUCUCAUAAAUUAAUAUAAGCCAAGUUGCAUCGCAAAUUGGUAUAGCAUAAAUGCAGAUCCCGUCCCCAUCCACACACGCUCCGACGUCGAAGGCGGGGAACGAAAAGCACACACCAAAAGUCCUGGCCGGUCGACGCACCCAUUUAAUGCAAACACAAGAGGGGAGACAGUUGCAGGCCCCCAUCAUUCAAUUGUUUUCAGCCUAGCUACCUACCUUUUGACUCCUUCCUUCCCAACUUCUCUUGCUCUCUAUCAUGGCCAGUUGAUCAUUUCUUCCCAUGAAUCUCAUAUCAUCCUAUCCAAUACACUCAUUACUCACUCAUUAGCCGCCUUUGCUUACCAUAUUCUUUUCCAACCAUCUAUAUAAGAGCAUCACGCCUCAAGAACUCCAGUAUAGCAAUCAACCACUAAAAAGAAAAGAAAAGAAACAAUCACGUGUAGCUUAGCAUGGCAAAGUUGGGCCGGAAUAUGGUACUGUUUUUCUUGCUCUGGGUUGCCGCCGUGGCGAGCGGAGGGGCUCGAGGGCAAGGGACGAGGGUUGGGUUCUACUCGAGGACGUGCCCGCGGGCGGAGGCGAUCGUGCGGUCGGUGGUUCAGUCGCACUUCAGCUCCGACCCAAGCAUUGCGCCCGGAAUACUGCGGAUGCACUUCCACGACUGCUUCGUCCACGGCUGCGAUGCCUCCAUCCUCCUCGACGGGCCCACCUCCGAGAAGACCGCGCCGCCCAACCGCCAGCUCCGAGGGUUCGACGUCGUGGAUGACGCCAAGGCUCAGUUGGAGGUCGCUUGCCCCGGCGUCGUUUCCUGUGCCGACAUCCUCGCUCUUGCGGCCCGUGACUCCGUUGCCGUGACGAAUGGGCCUUUUUGGAGUGUGCCCACCGGGAGAAGAGACGGGAGGGUGUCGUUGGCAUCGGACGCCGCCAAUUUGCCGGCCUUCAACGAUUCGGUGGCCGUGCAAAUUCGCAAGUACGACGAGAAGGGUCUCAACGCUCAGGACCUCGUAGCCCUUUCUGGAGCCCACACGAUCGGGACGGCAGCGUGCCAGCUGUUCAGGUACAGGCUGUACGGCUUCCCGGGCGCGGCGAGCGGAGCGGACCCGUCGCUGGACGCGGCGUUCGUGCGGCAGCUCCGCGCGCUGUGCCCGCAGAACGGGGACGGGGCGAGGCGGGUGGCGAUGGACACCGGCAGCCCCAACCGGUUCGACGCCAACUACUACGGCAACCUGAGGAGUGGGCGCGGUGUGCUGGAGUCCGACGCCGUGCUGUGGGCAGACGCAGGCACGAGAGGGCUGGUGCAGCGCUUCCUGGGGAUUCGGGGGCUGGCGGGGCUGACUUUCGGCGUGGAAUUCGGGAGGUCGAUGGUGAAGAUGGGCAAUGUUGAGGUCAAGAGCGGAGCUGCGGGAGAGAUUCGUACACUCUGCACCGCUGUCAACUGACCUCUAGCUAGUCCACGAAAUUAAAGUUUACGCGGACAAAGUCCUUUUUCUCUUGUAUUUUCUGCAUAAACGUUGACUAGGCAAAUAUUUAUUCGGGGAAGUGUGUAUACUGUAAGAUUGUUCUUUUCGUGGAACAUUCGUGUAAUUUUAAACAUCGUUUUUGUAAUGAAAAUGUGGGUAUUGCUAUGCAAUUGUCUACUCGAUUAAUUAAACAGGAUGGUAUAGUGCGAAACUGUAAAUCAUAUUUUCGAUCAAAUCACACAUCACAGUACGCUGUCUCACUUUUUUCUCUCUUUUCGUAUCAUCUUAUAGGAGAUUCCACUUUAGAGUUCAACUUCAACUAUACAAAUACCACACAAUCACAAUCUCAGGAAAACAAAAAGACAGAGAGCGAGAGCUCUUUCUUCGUGUAAGAUGGACGAGACCAAAGGUGGACCAGGAUCUUCAUAUUCCAACCUCAGAAAUUAAUGACCAACUUGAUAUGUGCAAAAUAUGGUAGGUAGUUCAAGGGAUUGGCAUCACCGGGGUUGACCGCGAAACCACGCUGGCACAAUAGUAUUGGCAGGCCUCCAGCACGAAGUCUUAAAAGUUAAAACAUUACACAUAGGGGUUGUUUGGUUUCUCGGAUUGUUAAAUCGGUAUAUGGUUGAAUUUAUGUAUUGUAGAUUAUAUUAUUUGGUAUCUGUAUUUGUGUUUUUAAUAAGUAAAAAAUAAAGUUGCUUUGAUAAAUGAUAAUGGGCCUAGCCCAGAGGAACUCGUUAACUGGUUGUUUAAUUUUUCCUUUUUAGAUGAUAAUUUCAAUCUAACUCACUCUACCUUGAAAUUUCGAUCAUUAUAUGUCAAAUGGGAUUUUUUUUCUCUCAUCUCAAAAUGAAUUUGAUCCAUAGGGUGGGAGAAGUGGGCGAAGAAGAUUAGUGCAGAGAGCAAGAGGUUUUGGGUCGGUGGACGGUGGUGUGAAUAAAAAGAGAAUAUUUGAGUUUGUAGCGCGAUUUCGAUCUCGACUUAGCUGUUGGUUUGCGCUUGAAGUAGGGCUUCAAUCUAAUUCGUAAGAGUCUUUAUGUCGUCUCCCAUGCUUGUGACACAAGCACUACAACCGUUUUGGGAUGACCUGACGAAAUUACAAUUUGUCAUUUUAGGUUUAUCACAAUAUAGAUCAUAUAAUAGGCAGAACAAAAAUUUCUCAUAUCAGUUAUGUUUUUUUUACAACAAAUUUUUUUUCAUAAAACUUUGUCAUAUUAGAUACAUAUUGUGACGAAUUUAUAUAUUGUCAUAAUAUUUUUGUCAUAUUACAUCUUUAUUAUGACAAAUAUUUUAUGUCAUUAUAAGUUUGUCAAAAUAGCGGUGUUGCACUUCAUUUUAAGUAAUAUAACUUUAGUAAUAUGACAAAGUUAUAUUAGUCAAAAUAUGGGUACUUUUAUUCUUUUCUUUUUUAUGUGCGGAUAAUGGAAAUGAGAGAGGGAAAAUAGGGCACAAAAAUUAAUCUAAUUUCCCUCCAUCGCUCCAAAACCAGAUCGACUAUGAAUUUUUGCCCCAAAAAUUGAAAGACACCGCUCAAAAAACCUCUACGAAUCGAAACCAGUAUUUCUUCUCUGUAACACCGAAACCUCUCAUCAAAUCCUCCACGCAGAAUCGAGCAAGACGACAGUACUCUAAUCACCCUACUCUUCUUCGAUCACCCUCUUCUUCUUCAUUUUCAGCCGAUUGCAUUUUGUUGGGGAUUUUUGGGGGAGUUUGGGUUUGUGUCGAUUACAAUACGAUUUUGUUGAUUUUGAUAAAUGGAAUCCCUACAUGUGGUCUUGCAUGUGUAACUCAGAGAAAUGCAUGCGUAACUUAGAGACUGGAAAUUAAGUUUUCGGAUUCAA